CCGGAGUGGAUACAUAGUCGCGUGCCGUACAUCGUAUGCACACCGCCACCUUAGCCAACAAACACACACCGACCCGUUUUGCUUACGUUUAAUAUAGUGUUAACUUUAGAACACGGACUCGUCCAAAGUCGGUGCCCUAUCCGUCGCGAAUAAAACGUCUCCGUGAUUUGAAUAUAAUACAUAAAUAAAUAUUUUGUUUUAUUUAAUUAUUUAAUGUAAUGUUGUAUUUAACGGUAUAUUAACAUUUCGUAGUAAUAUUGUAUCCAUACGUCGGACGUGGGGUGAGAUUUCGAACCAGAAAACAUUCGAUGCGUAUUCGAUACGAAAAAAGCGUGCCCAACAAUCGUGAUCGACGUGAACAGUGCAGUUGGUGAGUUGUGAUGAAAUGAGUUUGGUUUUACCUAUAUCCAAGGUCAAAACAUGUCCGUUUGCGAUUGCUGGGCCAGUUUCAAGUUUUCUCAAAUCAUUUUGUGUUUGAGUUGUCUACUCUACAAGAGAUGGUCCGACGCAGAAGCCACCAGACUGUUUUAUUUUUUUGAGAAGACGUCUCGGGAGUGGCCUUUAUUGAAUAACAUAACAAGGAACGGGGCAGGGUCUCUGUUCGCGGACGUCACGUUCGGCGGUUACAUAAUAAUAUGCGUGGCACUGUUCAUAGCGUAUUUGAUGGGCGAACUAAAGAACAGCAAAAGAACGGAAUCGUUUCUGUUGGUCAUCGGCGCUACGUUGUUUAUCGCCGUCGGUUGUCUGGUGAUGACAUCUGUGGACAGUGUGCCCAGAGAUUUGAUGGUCAACGCUCUUGUUCUUGGCACUUUGUCCAUUGUGACAGGUAUGGUGUUCAUAUUGGACACAUGUCUGUCAAACAGUCGAAACGACAAGAAGUCGCAUAUACCGAAAAACACUAGGUACGGCGACAUCGCGCGAACCAGGACAGCGGUAAACACCAAUACGGUCAACAAUGGUGUGCACAUUAAUAAUGGCAUGCACGUCAACAAUGAUGUAUCCGUCAACAACGGAGUGAUAUUGAAGCAGCGGGAGAUGGUAGAGAAGAAACUGAACGGCUUGUUGCAGACGACGAGCGCCAACGGACACGCGGUGUUGACGAAAAACGAAGGGGUUCAGACGUCGGCCGAAGCAAUGAGGCAAAAAGGUGAAGCGGACGAACGCGACGGGACGGAGCCCGUUCACCAGUACGGUCGCAAGUAUUUGAACGACCGCGGAUUCAGCGGUCAUAGUCACGCUGAUUGGUACGACACAGACAUGGACUUGCCGAAAAUGAAGAAGCUCGAGAUCAACGUACCUCUGGAGGAGUCAUCGGAUUAUCGACACAGUGGAUUUGUAAAUGUCAAGAACGGCGUUAAGCUGCAAUCGCCUAGCAUCACGAGUACGAUGCACAAUCAACAAGAAAGCCCAAAAGAAGAAAACGAACACGAAGUGAAAAACGCCAGUGUGCCGUACGUUUUAUCGGAAAAAAAAAGAGCGACGAGACCGACCGAUCUGCCGUUAAAAUCACCGGUGGAAAGAGUAAAUGAUUCGUUACAGAAAUCGGUUAAAAGUCGAUUUUAUUUCGGUGCUAAUGCAGAUGAACCUAAAUCGCCAAAUGAUCCCGGUUAUGUACUUCACACUGCAUCGCGUUGGGAAGAACAACCAGCACAAAACGGUUAUAAAAAUUUUAAAAGAAGUCAAGUGUGAUUAAUGUAA